CUAAACUAGGAAGUCGCAGUAAAAACAUUGAUGUGUUGGCAUUCUGGAGAAAUUUGGAGCAAAGUACAAUAAAAGUGUCACACUUCAGUCGUCCCGUGUGUCCACCUGCAGCAGACAGGCGUCUCGCAAUGCAGAGACACAUCUACUAAGCGGCAUUUUCUCUCGUUUCUCAGGAACAGUACAGAAGAAGGAGAAUGGGGAAGAAGGAUGCCAGUACAACCAGAUUGCCAGUCGAUCAGUACCGAAAACAGAUCGGUAAACAGGACUACAAGAAGACAAAGUCAGUCCUGAAGGCCACACGGCUGAAAGCUGAAGCAAAGAAGACUUCCUCUGGAUUCAAGGAUGCGUUCCUGGUCAUUGCUGCCAUCCUGUUCUUCGUCCUCUGCGUCUACGCCUUCUUCUACCUCAACCUGAGCACAGAGAUUAACCUGGAUGUGGACGUGGAUUAAUGAUGGCUGGUCACUGGAGCGACACCAUUCUGGUUUUUAUACCUGAGGUCGAGAGCAGAUGAAGAAUGAAUUCAAGAAGUUCAAUGACUUUUGUCAUGAAGCCCAGACGACGCUAAAGUCCUGCACCAAUCAUUUCAUACUCACUCUUAUUAUUCUAUAGUUUUACAUCCAGGAAUAUUCCAAUAACAAAAAAACAAACAAAAUAAAUACCUCUACUAAAGGCAUAGAUGCAGACUGUAUCAGAGAGAACAACAAACAAGGCACAAAACAAUAACACAGUUUUUCUUCCCCUGACAGUACCAUAAAUAUAAUAUGGCUGCAAAUAAAAACAACAAUUUAAGAGACGCCAAAACAAGACUAAUUUAAGCCCAAUUAUCAUGUGACAAAAACAAACAAUGCUUUUUGAGCAGAAAGUGUGAUGUUAGUCAAAGCUAGGAAAGUCUUAUUGAUUACAUUAGUAUAUCUUUGUUUCUAUAAUACUGGUAUCAGAUGGGCUCUUGAAGAGAGAACAUCUCUAGAUAAAUGAUAACCUCUUAUUUAACUCGCAGCCUACAUCAGCUUCUCUUUCACAAAAAAGUCAGUGACAUAGUCGUAUCUGUGUAGCGCUGAUACAAAGUUUUUUAAAGCGACAGGAGGCGUAUAGAAUUACAUCAUAUGGUGGUCGUCUUCAUUGUUUGAGCACUGUCGCUUUUACAUCUCCCGCGGACUGUACUGGGUGUUAUACUCAACUCGUGCCUGAGACAACCUCUUCAUGUCGACUUUGGAACAGAACCUGAGUACGGUAAGUUUGUGUUCCCACUGUUUAAAUGAACCCGACUUUGGGGUCAAGCGUAAUCUGAUCCGGCCCGGGUCCCUGGAGUGAAACAAACCUAAAAUUCUGUUUGUAAGAAAUUUCCAUCCAGCGAAUAAAAAGAGCCUCUUUUCACUCAAGCCUUCCAAACUCAGGUCGAAGCGAUGCUCUGUUUAAUCGUAUUCUGCGCCGUCCUGUCCCACUGUUGUCUCCACUAAUAGAAAAAUGUAAAUCUCCUGCUGAACCUCUUGUCGCAUCAAGGCAAACACUCUCCUCACAUUCCAGUGCACAAACCUCUCCUGGUGGAUAUCUGCAGAUCACUAAGUGUGAGAUUAGAAUCCACAAAGCCCUCGCCCUGAUUGAACAUGUGUGCAGAAUACAGAACAACACUUUCUACCUGCGGCACAUACAUGCAGCACGAAGGCGGGAUUAGCAUGACAAAUAAGAUCCCGGUCUUCCAUUUGAAUGGAAAUGACAGAGACGAGCAAUGACUGAAUAGAAGUGCGGCUACAUGUUUUUUCUCCUAAGGAACACCUUGAUCCUUUUUUUUCUUCGUGUCAGAUGUGUGUUUUGUUGUGAUGUGUCUUAAGAUAUACGAGGGGUUUGUCGACGCCUCUUUGUUCUGCUGUUUAUCCUUUGUGCUGCUGGGAGCAAGGACUGACCUUCCAUUAACCGUCUCAGUCCCAGAGAGAUUCUUUGUCAGCAGCAGAGUGCCGAGUCAAGGGCUUUCAUUUAGUCCAUUUUCACUUUUUCUUCUUUGAAAUUGCAUAUUUUUUUUCCAAUGUCUUUUUCAUGCUUUUCUCAUGAAUUAUACAUGACAUGAGAUAUGUUCUUUAAAAGUCAUUAAUUGAAUUUAAUUGAUUUGACUUUUUUUUUAUAUUACUGCAAUAAAAGAGCAAUUCCAAAUACACUA